UGCGCGGGCUCACAUGACUGGCCGCGCGAUGGACCCGCUGCCCUCGCCGGCAGUCGCUGCGGCAGCUGAGGCGGAGGCUGACGAGGAGGCGGAUCCUCCGGCGACAGGCCCACGAACGUCCCAGGUCACUGAGCAGCGGGACCUGGACCCCGGGCGAAUGCAGAUGCCGCAGGGGAAUCCGUUGCUGCUGUCCUACACCCUGCAGGAGCUGCUGGCCAGGGACACGGUGCAGGUGGAACUCAUCCCUGAGAAGAAGGGCCUGUUCCUCAAGCAUGUGGAAUACGAGGUCUCCAGCCAGCGCUUCAAGUCCUCUGUAUACAGACGCUACAAUGACUUUGUGGUCUUCCAUGAAGUGCUGCUUCACAAGUUCCCGUACCGCAUGGUGCCAGCCCUUCCACCCAAGAGAGUGCUGGGAGCUGACAGGGAGUUCAUCGAGGGCCGCCGGAGGGCCUUGAAGCGCUUCAUCAACCUGGUGGCCCGGCACCCGCCCUUCUCAGAGGAUGUGCUUCUCAAACUCUUCCUCUCUUUCAGUGGCUCAGAUGUUCAGCACAAGCUCAAGGAGGCGGCCCAGUGCGUGGGAGAUGAAUUCACGAACUGUAAGCUGGCUGCUAGGGCCAAGGACUUCCUCCCAGCUGACAUCCAGACCCAGUUUGCCAUGAGUCGGGAGCUGAUUCGAAAUGUCUACAACAGCUUCUAUAAGCUUCGAGACAGAGCCGAGCGGAUCGCAUCCCGGGCCAUCGACAACGCUGCUGAUCUUCUCAUAUUCGGGAAGGAGCUCAGUGCUUUAGGCUCAGACACAACCCCUCUGCCCUCCUGGGCUGCUCUGCACCUCAGCACGUGGGGCUCCCUGAAGCAAGCGCUCAAAGGCCUGUCGGUGGAGUUCGCACUGCUUGCAGACAAGGCUGCUCAGCAGGGUAAAAAGGAAGAGAAUGAUGUGGUGGAGAAGCUGAACCUCUUCUUGGAUUUGCUGCAGUCCUACAAAGACCUGUGUGAGCGGCAUGAGAAGGGCGUGCUUCACAAGCAUCAGCGGGCACUGCACAAGUACGGCCUGAUGAAGAGGCAGAUGAUGAGCGCCGCGCAUGGCCGAGAGCCCGAGUCCGUGGAGCAGCUGGAGUCACGCAUCGUGGAGCAGGAGAACGUGAUUCAGACCAUGGAGCUCCGAAACUACUUCUCCCUGUACUGCCUGCACCAGGAGACGCAGCUCGUCCACGUCUACCUGCCUCUCACCUCACACAUCCUGGGGGCCUUCGUGAACUCCCAGAUCCAAGGGCACAAGGAGAUGAGCAAGGUAUGGAAUGACCUGAAGCCGAAGCUGAACUGCCUCUUCGCUGGACCUCACAGCGUGUUGACGCCACCGCGCUCCCCGCAGGAGGACGGCGUGUGUCCUCACUAGUGGCAAGGCCCACAACACGGCUCCCUGUGGCCUCACUAAAACCUCUUUGCAAACAGUGUGUCCCUGGCUGAUUCCCUCCAGGCAGCAGCCACUGCUCUGAGGUGCCUGUGGGCUGUGCAGGUGGUCUUCGUGUCUCCCUGCUCCUGGGCAGGAGGUCUAUGUGCCCCCAGCCUGCCCCAUGGCCUGUUGAUGGGGUCGGUGAUGGGAAGUUAGGGUGCUUCAGAAUGCAUUGCGCCCAAUGCCCACAGUGCUGAGGGCCUUUUGUAGCCAGCAAGUGGUGUCUAGGGGGGUGUAGAAGGGUCACUGAGUGCUGGGAGAGCCUAGGGGUUAGCCUAGCAGCAAAGAAGUGGGAGGGCUGGCCUGCCCUGUGGCCUGGCAGUACUGCCUGGCAAGGAGCUGCAUGGUCUCUGAGGGUGGGACCUUGUCUGCAGACUAGGGCCUGUAGACAUUCUGGGAGGUGUAUUAGAGGCCAGGCGGGAAGUAUGAGUGCGAAGUGGUUUGUUUGGUGCUUUGGAGCACAUGUUUCACUCCAGUACUGUCUAUGGAUCCCUGGUCCAAGGCUUCUCGAGGUCCACAGUGGAUGAGGGCUCUGGGUCCUUUCUUGUGUUGGGUUUUGGAGGGUGAGAGUGAGGAGGGGUUGUGGAGGAGCACUGGAGAUGGGCAUCCCUGUUGGGUGCCCAGGCCUCAGGGUCAAGAGUGUGGACCACUUCCCACCAGCUGUCAAGCAGCAGGUUCCACCUGGAUGUGAACUGCUUCCCUACCGGCCCACUCUCCCGCCCUGGUCCACUCUCCCGCCCCCAUGCUUUUAGUGUUCUAGGGCCCCGAGCCUGGCAGUAGAGCCUGCCCAUUCUCACAUAGUCACUCCCUGACUGGGCUGUGGGUGCCUGACCCCAAACUUGAGGUUCCAUCCCCAGGGUGCAAGGGAACCAAGAGUCCCUCUGGCAUCCUGCUGCCCGAGCCUGUAUGCCACACCACAGCCAUGCUUUGGGCUGCCAGAAAGAUGGGAAGCACAACUAUCAACAGAUCUCCCGCCUGCUCGUCCCUUCUCCUGGGCCGAGCGGGAACCAGCCUCAGCUUUAACUGGACAGUCCAGGGCCAGCACAACAGGAGUGAAGGGAACAGCCUCUUUGGGUGCUUCCUACUCAGUGUUAGCCUGAAGAGGGUAGGCAGGGGCAGCAGGGCUAUGGGGAUCUGCUGUGGGGACUCUGGGCUGAGGGAGUCAGGAGGCUGGUGCUGUGGGAUUCAGCGGGAUCGAUGAAGCACUUUAUGGACUGGGGGAAUCAGUUACUGCCACACCCAAUAAACUGGAAGUGUUUACA